GUUCCUUCCCGGCGGACAAAUAGACUAAAAAAUGGCACCUAAGAAGGACGCUAAGAAGCCCGAGCCCCCCAAGAAGGCAGAGCCCGCACCUGCCCCAGCUCCCGCGCCCGAGCCCCCUAAAGCCGACGCAGUUGACCUGUCCGGUGUGAAGCUCGAUUUCACCCAGGACCAGAUGGAAGAUUACAGGGAGGCUUUCUUACUUUUCGACAGAGUUGGUGACAGCAAAGUAGCCUACAACCAGAUUGCAGAUAUUAUGCGUGCACUGGGACAGAACCCAACCAACAAAGAGGUUACAAAGAUCUUGGGCAACCCCACCGCUGAUGAUAUGGUAAACAAGAGAGUGGACUUUGAGGGUUUCCUGCCUAUGCUGCAGGUUGUGAUCAACAACCCAAACAAGGCAACAUACGACGACUACGUUGAGGGUCUGCGUGUAUUCGAUAAGGAGGGCAAUGGAACAGUGAUGGGUGCUGAGCUGCGUAUCGUCUUGUCAACACUUGGUGAGAAAAUGAGUGAAGCCGAGAUUGAUGCUCUAAUGCAAGGCCAGGAGGAUGAAAACGGCUGUGUCAACUAUGAGGCUUUCGUCAAACACAUCAUGUCUGUCUAAGUCGGAGCUGUGAGGAGACUGAAGCAUUUCUCCAGAUUCCAUGAUGUCAGGACAUCCACACAAUGUUUCCAAAACCAACUCAGAAACGGAUGAAAGGGACACAGGAUGUUAGUCAUAAACAAUUAUUUUUUUUUUUUUUUUGUGUUUCCUAUUUUUUUUUUCCACUUGAAUCCUUUUUCUUUUGUCCAUUCUUGGAAUCCAUUCAUUUUUUUCCAGCUGAUUUUCUUGGUGUUGUUCGUGCUGGGACAAGCCUCUCCGUAGCAGAGAAGUUGUGAGGGGUGAGGUGGGUCUGUUAGGGCGGGGCAUCAUGGUAACUCAAAUAUAUAAAGCACUCCCUCUGACCUCUCGCUUUCUGCAUCCCAAAGUCAAAGGUGCUAAAUAUACUGCCAUCAAUGGACUGGCUGCAAAACCUCCUUCCCCUUUCCCCAGAGUCUUAAUUUAUUUUUCGCCUCUGUCAAUUCUCAUAAUAAACUUUUGACAAAGUA